AUGGCGAAAACAGAAGCCGGCAAGAAAAAGACCUCAGCUGCUGCGGCUGCGAAGAUAAAGAAGGAGCCGGCCAGGAAGGCAGCGCCGAGAGUAAAGCAGUCCAGCAGGUCGCAGGAGAGGGUGGUCGACAGCGAGAGCGAGAGUGAAAGCGAAGAGGAAGAGACCCAGCGGAGCACGGCUACUACGACAACUGCUGCGGCCGAGACCGAAGAGGACUCCGAGACUUCCGGCAGCGACGAGUCCGGCAGCGACGAGACCGCGUCCGAAUCCGAGUCCGGCUCCGAAGAAGAAGAAGAAGAAGACGAAGAAGAGCUCGCCUCCUCCGCAAAGCUUCCCAAGGGCAGCUACAAAUACGCGCCCCCGCCCGAGUUCAAGCUCGUCCCGCCCGGCGGUGGUUCGAACCCGUUUUCCGCGGCGAACCUGAACGGCAAGGAGCUGUGGUUCAUCACGGCGCCGUUGGCGGCGCCGCUGAGCAAGGUUGACCGGAUCAGCCCCGCGGACAUUGCGGAGGGGCUGCCGGUGCUGAUGACGGGUUCGGGGAGGAGCUACUGUCUGAGGACGAAGGAAGAGGAGGAGGGGGGGGGAGAGGUGGGACUGUUUGUGGCUGAUGGAAGGGGGGGGUAUAAGUUAGCGGGGAAGAAGAUUUCGAAGAGCUUUCAGAUGGUGGAGGCGCUGCCGACGGGGAGGGAGGUCACGGAGGAGAUGAUUAAGAGUAAGCCGGUAAAGCAGCAGCCGGAGGGGUUGAGGAUGAGGUUUAAGCCGAUUGGCUUUGAGGGCGAGAUGGAGAGCGAUGGAAACGUCGAGAUGAGGGACGUGUCGCUUGAGGUGCGGCCCGCGAGAGAGGUUGCUCGCGGGGACGGGGAGCACAAGAAGAAGAAGAGGAGGACGCACGACGAUAAGGAGGAGAGGAAGGAGAAAAAGCAUAGGAGGAGGAGUAAGGAGUAG